UUUGCAACGACUUUGUGGGGCAACUACAGCGGCCAUUUUCAAACAAAUAUUUUCCACAGAGUAAAUCAAGACCAGACAAGAUAGUAUUUAUUAUAUUCUAACUGCCGUAUUGCUCGAUUAACCAAGUUUGACAUGAUGAAUCCUUGAUAGUGACACAACAUGGAAAACUUUGUUCUGUAUGAAGAGCUCGGCAGGGGAGACCACUCCAUAAUAUAUAAAGGCCGACGUAAAGGAACCAUCAAUUUUGUGGCUAUUCACUGUAUAGAAAAAUGUAAACGACCAGAAGUGACCAACACUGUGCGGAUGACCCAUGACAUCCAGAAUCCCAAUGUGGUCAAGUUCCAUGAAUGGUAUGAGACUAGUAACCACUUGUGGCUCGUUGUGGAGCUAUGUACAGGGGGGAGUCUUGAGGUCCUCAUCAACCAGGACAAGAAUCUUCCUGAGAGCUCUGUCCGCACUUUCGGCAUCGACCUUGUCACUGGCCUCCAUUAUAUACAUUCUCUUGGCAUCUUGUUCUGUGAUCUCCGGCCAUCAAAGGUUCUUCUGGACGGUAAAGGGACACUGAAGUUUGCUGACUUUGGUCUGUCUAAAGUGGAAGGAGAAAACCUUGACGAGUUAUUUCAGAAAUUCUCUGAGGCUGGAGAACAAUGGAGUGCUGAGAUGGGGGAUGACUUAGGGUCCAUGAAGAAGUAUAAGACAUCAGGCUCAACUACCUACAGCUCGCCUGAGGUUUUACAGGGUGGGGAAGUGACCAUCCUUAGUGACCUGUGGUCACUUGGCUGUGUUCUGUAUGAAGUAUUCACUGGUCACCCACCAUUUCUGGCCGAGUCCAUACAACAGCUGAAGGAGAAGAUCAUCCAUAAGGCAUUGACUCCACCAAAGGUCAAAGGAACAAGGUUUUCCUCCAUGCCGUCUCCUGAUUUUCUAAGCCUGCUAGAAGGUCUGCUUCACAAGGACCCAGAUCAAAGACUUGGAUGGCCGGGGCUGGUGAACCAUCCGUUCUGGCAGGAUCAGCUCGGCCACCUAGCUAAGGACUUAGUGUUAUCACAGGACGUCCACAGCAGUAUCGCCUCCACGUCACGCAGUAGUGUGUUCGUAGAUGGCACCGCCUCCGCCCUGGGCAAGAUUAAGACCAUAGAUAUGGGAAAGAGUACAGACCGACCGAUGUGUACCCUGGAUGUCCCAGACACCAUGCUUAGACCAGGAUCAACAUUAGGGGAUUAUAUGCGGCCCAAAACAGCACCAGGCAGUGAUGGAGGGGCUACCCUCUUUACUCUGAGUACACGCCCACUCACGGCCACACCUGAUGACAGAGUAGGCUCCCCUCACAAAGCCACCCAGUCCCCUCUGUCCACGAGGGAAGUGAUCGGGGCCACAGUUACAGGAGAUCAGAGUCAGGCAGAGGAGACGAGGAAUGAAGUAUUGGAACUUGUUUUCCAUCCAAGUGACUUCCAAGUCACACCAAUCAUGGACAAUUCCAAGAUUCAGAAGCCACCAUCUUCCAAAUUUGAUCCUAAAAUCCUCCCGGUUCCUCCUUACUCAGUGGAGAAGAUAAAUGCUAUGUCAGAGAAAGAUCUACACAAACAUGUGAAAAGCAUCAUGGACAAUCUCUGUAACACAGAGAAAGGGCCGCCUUCUCAGAAACGUAUCCACCUUCUUCACUAUCUGGUCAGUGUGGUCAGCUGUGCUUCUGUCGCUACACUGAUGGUCAAGCAGAAUGCAUUGACCGUUCUGGCCAAAGUCGUCAAGGAGACGCAACAUCUAGAAGUUAAAACCAAGGCGGCCCGUGUCAUUGGUCUGUUAGCUGUGAACACAGCGGCACUGGAUGAGACUACCAAUGUGUCUGAGACUUUGACAAUUCUAACAGAGGUGAUUCGGGAAAAUGUCAAGAAUGGUAAACUAAAGCAGGGAGUACUGCCGGCUGUAGGAGAGGUCCUGUAUAUGGUGGCUGUCCAGGAGCAGAGCAGGGUCCAGCCAGUGGAGACAUGGACUGUGCCCUCUAUGACCUUCACAGUCAUAGCACGCUGUUGUAGAGAAGGGGAAGAUGUGGUAGUGAAUCAUGUGGCUGCCAAAAUAGUGGAGAAUGUGGUGACAACACGUGGACAGCACACACAGAAAUUUGUGAACAAUGAGAUGGCUCAAUCCCUGUGGUAUAUCUUCAAGCAUUCUACUCUGGACUCCCUACGGAUCACAGCCCUGUCGGCACUGUGUCGACUGACCAGACGGAACCAGCAGGUAUUCCAGAGUGUGAUUGACACGGUUGGACUUACGACGAUUAUGUCUGCCCUUUCCUUUGGCGUAACCCGUAUACAGCAGGCCAUCGUGACCAUGUUUGGGGCCUUGAUAUCGUCGGGGACACACCUCAACAGACUGAUACAAGACAAGGACUUCCUGCAGAGGUUGAUCCGACUCCUUGACAGUCCGUCCACUGUAAUUCGGGCCAAGGCAUUUGUGGUUCUACACGAGGUGGUCAAGAGCAGCCAUGAGAUGCUGUUACAGAGCUGCCAGAUGAGACUUGUGAUGUAUAUUGAGCGAGAUAGUCGGAGACAGACGCCUCGUGACGGUAAACCUGAGGGUAACGAGUUUGGCGAGUACCUCACCAAAUGUCUAGAUCUACUCAUCACACACAUUGUAGAUGGUGUCCCAAAACUCUUCAAGGAAAUCCUGUCUCCCUUGGACGCCAUCGCUGGCAGAAAACAUCCGAACACAGUACAGGCCAAACAGCUAAAGACCAGUCUACCUUACAUACAUAUCUUCUUACAUCUAGUCACGAGCCAGGUGUUCCGACCUCGUAUUGUUAACGAAGCGUUCAUUAGAAACUUGUCCACGCUGCUGUCUCACGUUCGUAGUAUAGAGAUGGGUGACACGAACAUCGAGUCCGCUAGUGAUAAAAUGAAAGGGUCGAUUGCUCCAGGCGAGUUUGUGAACACAGCAAUGUCUGUCCUGGAGGGAAUAUCUCAACACCCAGCCAUACUGACCGAACAUGAUCGGGUCAUCAUGGAAACCAUACUGCCCAUCCUCGCCACGCUGGUGGAAAGUCAGAACGGUGACACCAGGGCGCUUUCACUUCGUCUGAUCUCUGACAUGGCAACAGUGUAUCUGAGUCAGGACCAGUUUGAAAGUGAUACUAAAAUAAACAUCACACACCUCCACAAAACUGUCAGCGACAUCCUCCUUCCUAAGUUUGAGUACAUCCUACUCGACCAGGAGCCGUUGCCUAGUUACGGUAUGAAGCUACUGUUGGCCUUACUAGAACACAGUGGAACUUUCAUCAAACAAGUGGAACAGCUAGGCCUUGUCUCUGUCAUAUUCCAGGUUCUUCUGGACCACCAGAGUAGCCCCCUGAGUAGUGCGGUACAGAGUAUAGCUGGUAUAUUGAACUGUCUGGUCAGUCACCGGGAAACCAACAUGAGGGACCUGUAUGAUCAGGGCUUGAUAGACUAUUUCUCCACGCUGUUCUUCGAGGUGUCAGCGGCCUGUUUUGAGGGAGACGAGAGGGGAGGUGAUAGUAAGGCCACAUUUACUAUGCUACAGGUUCUCCUCGAUACCCUCAACAGCAUGCUCAAAUACGUCUCCGAAAUCGUGAGGAAAGCCCUGCAGACAAAGAAAGCAGGGAUGGAUGGAGGGACGCGUGAUGCUGAGGAUGCAGAACAACUACUCCUUAUUAAUAAAUCUCUAACAGACGUCACCAACGUCCUGACUCAACUGGUGAGUACACAACAUUAUGUUUAGGCGUUCAGGCCAAUA